AUGAAGGGAGCUGAUCCGGCCCUGAAGAACAUCGGCAAGAAGAACGGCCUUCAACUUUGGAGAAUCAAUGUACUUUUUCAUUUUUCCCAGUAUAGUUUGUGCAAAAAUCCCGUAUUUUAAUACUUUUUUGACUUCUAACAAAACUAAGGAAGGCUCUUCGCUUCGAGACCUUUUUGAAAAUUCGCCUAUGCUCCUUUAAAAGUCUGAGCAGGAGAAAAGUGAUGAUUUUUUGAAUAAGUGCUCCAAAAAAUCUUAUUUUCCGGUUGGACAAGAUCUCACUAACUUUUUUUUUGAAAUCUGAAUUUUCUUUGAUUCGAUUCUAUAUUCCUGGAACAUCGGAUACUUUGAGAUAUCAUUCAAAAAAAAAUUGAUAUUUUUCGAAGCUAUCGAUUAAUUGAUAUUUUUUUCGAAGCUAGAGAUAAUAGAAAUUGAAAAAAAUAUAAAAAAAUAUAAGUUGGUUCAUUUUUUUUCCGUUCAAAAAAAGCUAUCAAAAUCUUCCCCUUCCUAACUAGACUUUUUUUAACUCCUCCCCCUGUUGAACUUUCGAAGAAACUUUACUGAAGUGUACUUUAGAACCUCCUGAGUUCAGAAAAAAAAGAAAAUCUCUCGCGAUAGAUCUUUUUUCAAGUUAUGAAGCUUCAAAGACCGCCAAAUAGGCAAAUUAUGACAAAAAGCGCUAUUUUCAGUUUUUGAAGGGUCACAUCACGAAAACGAGAUCUAGGCAAUUUUUUUUUUUGUUCUGCAAUCAGGAGGUCCUUAAGUACAAGCGGGAGAGGGGGGGUUAAAAAAACGUUUCUAGUAAGUCAUUUUUCAGAAGUUCCUACUCGAAGAAGUUCCGACGAAAGACCAUGGCGUCUUCUACACCGGCGACGCCUACAUUGCCUUGAAUGUUUCUUCUGUCUUCAAGAAUAGUUUGAAAAUAAAAAAAAAUUCAGCAAAAGUACGACGGCGCGUGGGACGUCCACUACUGGCUCGGAAAAGACGCGACGACCGACGAAAUGGGCGUCGCCGCUUAUAAAACUGUAGAAAUCGAUGGGGUUUUGAAAUUAUUUUGGGAAGAUAAUAAGAGAUGAAUUUGAAGGCCCUUGGAGGUCUUCCAGCUCAACAUCGGGAGAUUCAGGACCACGAAAGUCCGCUUUUCAUCUCCUACUUUCCUGAUGGAAUUCGGUGGGUUUUCAAGAGAAAUAGGAAUUUUCGAGUCGAAAAACAAAAUAAGUUGUAUCUGUUUGGAGAGCAUUUCUAGUGGACAAUUAACAUUCUCCUGUUGAAAAAAUUUCUAAAUAAAGAUAAAAAACUAGUCUUCCUACAGCUUUACAUUGUGAACUUCUCGGGAGUUCAAAAAAAGUCGUUUUUUUUCUUGUCGAACUGCACCGAUCAAUCAGUCUCCACGAGAUUUGUUGGCCCUUUUUCUGUUUUUUUUUUUGUUUUCGAAAGGACCGACAAGGUUUCUCAUGCAUUUCCAAUGGAGCUGGAGUUUUUUUUUUAAAUUUUUUCUUGUUGAAUCUUUGAAAUUGUUUUAUAGAAAUUGACCUUUAUCUAAAUUUAAUGGAAUUUCAUAAUUCUAACCUUCUAUUUUUCUUGUUUGUUCUCAAGCCUUCGAAAUCAAAUUUUUUUGAUCAUUUUUUUGUAAUUUUCCUGGGAAAAUCAACCAAAAAAAUAUUGAAUUUUUUUGAAAAAAACAGCGAUGAAAUUUAGAAAACUUACAAAUCAUUCUCAUUUUUUUGAAGUUCUUGAGAAAAAAAUAUAGUGAAAAAGUGUCCUUUUUAUUGUAUACCAUGUAAGGAUUAGCCAAUAUUCAUAAAGGUCUCGCGGCGAAAAAUUAUUUUUUUGGUCAUGCGCCUUUAAACAAUAAACGAAAGAAUUCGAUGAAAUGGAAGUAAAUAAGAUUUCUUUGCUUUUUUUAAAAUUGAUGUAUACAAUUUGAAACGUUGAAGGUACAUAGCUGGAGGCUACGAGUGCGGUUACAAACAUGUCGAGGAUCUUUUCGCCAACUGGAGACCCAAACUGUACCAUUGCAAGGGGAAAAGGAACAUUCGAUGCACGGAAGUUUGCUUUUUCGUUCUGAAGUUCUACCUGGAAACUUCGAAAAUUGAAAAUUUGAAUAUUCAAAAAAUGACUCAUUUAUUUUUGGAGUUCGAUUUUUUUUUAAUACAAUCUUUUUAUAUUGCCUAUCAUUUUAAAGUUCAUUUGUCGGUUCAAAUUUAUAAAAAAGAUAAGAUACGUGAAAAACAUUUAACACACUUUCUCCGAGAAAAAGCGAUGAACCGUUGGUACAAGAAUUUCAAGUUUUGUUUUGAGAGUUGAAAUUAUUAUCACAGUUACUAGACAUAAUUUGUAAACUUUGAGGCUACUUACUGUGAGGUUUCGCCCUCUCACUGGGUUACUGUAGGACUUUUUAGUGAAAUUUUUCUAACUAUUUUCCUAGUUGACGGAUCGACUCCAAACUUUUUUUAAAAACACAGAUAAGGGUAUUUCAAAGCAUUUUCAUUAAAAAACACGAAAAAGAAAAAUUUUUUUUACGUCGAAAAGUUUUUUUUUUCUUUCUAAAAUCGUUGAUUUUUUCCUUUUUUGGGCUUUUUGAACGGUUAGGACCCCAAAAGUAGUAAAAUUUUAUUUCAUAAAUCGAAGCGCCGGGCUUUUCUUAGUCAGAAAAAAAGGAGUACAUGUUCAAGUUUUGGGGGACGCAGUUGGUCGUCUGCUCGCCGAAGAGGACCAACUCGGAGUUGACCAAUUUUUCGAAAAUUUCCAACUUUCCUGGAAAACAAUACCACGGCUUCUUUUUGUAUUAUUCUGCUAGAAAACAGAGUUCUUCAAAGUUUCAGCACUCUGGAAGUAUAGUAUUAACUAUAUUUUAUUAUAUUUUUGGAUUUUUUUAUGUUUUUCCAGUUUUUCAUUUUUCGCUGUUUUUUCUUUUAUUUCAAUUUCGCAUUAAAAUUACAUUUUAUUUUUCACGAUUAGGACUUUUUCAUGGCCUCCGAUUGUAAUCAAGAAUCCCCGGUUUCAGAAUCAGCGUAAAGUUAUAUUUCCAAGUUUCCAUACAUAUUUUUCCAGGUGGAAUGCAAGAAAGAGUCCCUGAACCUCGGAGACGUCUUUCUGCUCGACUUGGGCCGGAAUAUCUACGUUUGGAUGCCGCCGGACAGUGGACGACUGGAAAGGAUCAAGGUAUAUCAUUUUAACGUUCCGAAUGAAAAUUUUUAAAAUUAAGGGAAUGGCCCGAGCGAAGAACAUUGCUCAGUUUGAGAGGCAAGGCGCCAGUCAAGUCCAUAUUUUGGGUGGGAUUUUUUGAAUUUUUCGAAAAAAAACCCUAUAGUGGCCACUAAAGUUUGACUAAAUUUUUUUUAGCUUCUUUCUUUAAUCACCCAUUAUCCAAGAGCAACACGUGUCAUUUAACGACUGAAUCGGCUGUGUAAUACUGAAAAUAGACGUUUUUAUUGGCCAUUUCUCAGGAUCCUAAUCUUCUUCCUGUUUUGAAGGGUUUUAGUGGGUUUUUGUUUCAAAAAUAGUUCAAAAAAAUAUUCUAAAUUUCAAAUAAAAAGUGUACAGGCAUUUUCUGGAUUUCUCUCUUUUUUCUGCAAGGAAAUCCAAUUUCAUUGGGUUUCUUUACUUUCUGUAAAAGUGUUCGGAUCAUAAUGAAAUUCCCUGACCUUUCAAAAUUACGUAUAUCUUCUAUGGACUCUCUAACAUUCCAGACACGGAAUGGGACGUCGACCAAGACUUCUGGGGCCAUUUCGGAGGCCGACAAGCCCUGAAAAGCGUCGCGAAAGCCAAAGACGACGACGAGAACUACUGGAAAAGGACCAGCGAACAGAUCACUCUUUGGAAGUUGGUAAUGGAAUAUUAUUCAGAAGAGAGUGACCAUACUAAGAAAAAGGGUGAAAGAAGAUUGAGGAAGAUUUUGCAUUUUUUAAAGUCAGUGUUCAUUCUUACCGUUCUCUCAUUUUCACCGUAUUCUUUAAAAGGAAAGCAAAAACGGUAAACUGGUUUCUACAGAGUUUCCGACGCCUCGGGCGAGAUGAAAGUGACCAAAGUUGGCCAAGGAGCCGUCAAACAGAGCCAACUCGAUUCCAAGGUCCUGGAACCAGCAAUUUUAGCCUUUUUAGAAGAGAUUAUAUUUAGGACGCCUUCAUUUUGGACGCUCUGAACGGCGGAAUUUUUGUUUGGAUCGGUAAAGAUUGCACGAUCGAUGAGAGGUCCAAAUCACUUCUCUGGGGGAGAAUUAUUUGAGGCAGAAGGUUUGAAUUUUUUUAAAUUUUGUGAAAGAAUAAAAGGUAUAGGAAGAGACUGGGAACAUUUAAAAACUGGAAAAUGGUCUCAUAUUCAUUCAUUUUUUUAGUUAAAAAAAGGUCAGAAAUCAAUUAUUUGAAAGUCUUAAUAUAGAAAAAAAUUGACACAGAUUCUGAAAAAUAAUUCUCAAAAAAAUGGGAGAAUUUUUCAUCUUGAGCUUGCAAAAAAAUGUUUUAAAAAAAGAGUUGACAAUAUUCCAAGAACUUUGCAAAAAUUUUGCGCUUUUCCAUCAUUCUUUUCUUAAUAUUUGAGUGUGUUAAGUCUAUUUUUUUCCGAUUCAGUGUUUCAUUUUUCGUAUUCAGCACCUCCCUUCGUGGACCCAAGUCACUCGGGUUAUCGAAUCGGCGGAAUCGACUCAAUUCACUCAGUGGUUUGCCGACUGGGCCGAUGACAAGAAGAAGAAGACUUUCGAGCCGUUGCUUUUCCAGGUCUUUAGAAACAGUAGACAUUCGCAAAUUCGUCCUCAUUUUAUUCAGAGGCUCCUUCGGAACUUUUACCUCUUUUUCUGAGAUCAUGGAUCUCACAGCGUUUUUUUUAGUGGAAGAAAAUGAAACUAAAAAUCAGGUGGGCGGGGUCAAAACCUACGCCGUUCCCACGUGACGUUAUGGGGAUGGCAAAGGUUCCGACUACAAGUAAAAUAAAGGCGCAGGCCAGAGGUCUUUGAGACAAAUCGAAUUUUUUUUUCUGUCCGAAAGCGUCGCAGUGCAUGCACACGACACACUAAAAUUCACGGAAAAAAAGUGGGCGUGAUCAAAAAACGCGAGAAAAUAACCUAGAAAUUCAAGAACUUCAAUCUUCAAGGUGUCGGAUGAGAGCGGCCAACUGCGAGUCGAAGAAAUCGCCAACUUCACCCAGGAGGUGACGUCAUCGAACCGGCUCCAACCGACAGUUUACCGUUGUAGGACCUUGACGGCGAUGACGUCAUGAUUCUCGACGCCCUCAACACGAUCUACGUCUGGGUCGGCGCCAGCGCCAACACCAACGAGAAGCGCGAGGCCGAGAACACUGCCAAGGUCGGGAGAAAAAAAGAUUUUUUCCAUCCGAAAUAAGGGAAAGAUUUUUUCAUGUGCUUUGAUUUCCAGAAAAUCUUCAAAAUACGUAGUUUCCACAUUUUCUUUGAAUUGUAUAGAAUUGCUUAGAACGAUGAAUGAAGGACGAAAAAAAAUUGAACAGAGAAAAAGAGAAGGAAAAUACUGGAGACACCAGAGAAGCGAGAGCUCUUUCUUUCUCUGGAAUCUCUCAAGUCACUGAUCUCUCGUUAUCGUUAAUUAAGAUUCCAAUUUCUUCCCAUUAUAUCUAUCAAAAGGGAUUCUAAGAAAAUCUUCAAAAGAUCUUCGAAACAUCCAUUUUUCAGAAGUACCUCGAGCAAGGCAAGCUGCCAAGACAUAAGAAAACCCAGAUUGAAACCAUCUUCCAAGGUUUUUUUUUUCUUAACAAUUUGAAACAUCUCUGUUUCAGGACGAGAACCACCGUCGUUCAAGAAGUUCUUCCCUCGCUGGGACGAUUCUUUGUUCAAAGAUGUUGGUUUUUUUCCAAACCAAAGACAAAGUUGAUAAAAAUAGGAAUUAGUUUUCAUUAGAGCGUAAAAGGUAUAGACAGCUAGAACAGGUAGGUUUUUGGAGCAAAAAUUCAACAUUUUUUUGGAAAUUUUUCUGUUGAUAAUUGUGCUUAGGAAACCUUAAUCUAAUAAUAAAGUGAAUGGAUUCAAAUUCGGAACUUUUUCUAAAAUUUGCAAUUAAAACUUCUCAAUCUAAAUUUCCAGUAAAAUCAGAAUACCAAAAAAAAAUCUCACUGGUUUCUGAAAAAUAUUUCAAAAAUGCUUUGUAUUUGAAAAAAAAAGUUGGAUCAGAAUUCUCAAAAAAUGGCCCGAAAAUACAAAUUAAAAAAAUUUUUUUCAGGACGCUCGAUCUGUGGAAAACAUGCGCAAGCUGCUGUUCAAAUAA